AUGGAGAAUCACAAAUCGACAGUUACGUAUCGAACGCUAAAGUCUAACUUGAUUAAUCUUCCUUCGAACUUGGCCAAUUUAUUAUUCACUGCAAACAUUCAAGUCCAAGAUGUCAUUAUUGAGCUUGUACCGACUGACUCAGCUUCAUCCCUGCUUUCCACAACGUCGUCUGCUUCAAGGAAUAUGAAAGCUCAAAGAAGAUUCUAUGCAGGUUGGUCAGGAAUGACAUCGUCAGCGCCACUGACUAUUGAGAUUGAUCCAAUAUUUGCACAAUCCUUGCAAAUCAAGGAUAAAACAUCUGUGAUUUUGAACCUUAAGUUGGGCAACUAUGAAACGGCGCAGAUAAAUUUGGAGCCAUUAACAAGCUCUGAUUGGGAGGUGGUGGAGCUAAAUGCGCAACUUAUCGAAGAUAAGCUUUUAAAUCAGACCAGAUGUGUUGCCCUUGGCCAGGUAUUGGUUGUGUAUCCGAAUGCAACUACCUCUGCAAAGUUAGUAGUAACAGAAAUUGGCUCCAAUGAUGACGCAAAGAACACCGGUUCCGCGUCGGUACACAAGUAUGCCAAGAUAUCGCCAUAUUGUGAAAUUGCCAUUGCACCCAAAUUAAGGGGCAAGAAAGACUCACUGGGGAAUUCAGUUACUGAAACCAGAAGCGUUUCUAGUGCAAAAAGCAGUGCCAAGAGAAAAGAGGACUAUUCAAAUUUUCAACCAAUACUCAAAAGAGGAAUAAGUCUUCCACAUGGCAUGUUCCAGGACGUAAAUCAUGCUUCAGGCUGCAAAAUGUAUCUUGAUUUGGACCAAUUGCCCGAUGAUUUUGAUACAUUUGUUGCCGUUAGUGUUGUUCCCGGUCCAAAUGAGAUUCGAAAUAAUCUUGAGAACGAAAACGAUAUAAAAGAGAAUAGAAGAGUUAUUGCGCAGUUGGUGGAUUAUAAAGAAGGUCAUGGGAAUGUGGGGUUAUCUUUUGAUCUUGCAACUGCUUUGGGUGUCCGUGGUCAAAUAGGAAACAUUAUUGCUCUUAAACCAGCAAUCAAGAAUUUGUCAAAGCGCCCUUCAAGCUUUGUGGUCCACCCAUACGUAAUACACACAAACAAGAAGAAGGAAAUUAAUUUGACAAAGACAUCAAAAACAGCACAAAUGCUCAAUGAUGCAUUGUAUCCACUGAUUGCCGACAGUCCUGUAACAAACUACAUGAGAAUUCCUGCGAUUACGGGCAUUUUACCAUAUGGUGGGCUACUAAAAUUUCGGAAAAUUGAAAAUCACAAUGCAUGGAUAAAACCAUACAACUUGACUACAAAAAAACCAGUCAAGAUCGAAAUUGGAGACGAGUUGUUGCGUCCGCAAUCGUUUGUGGAGGAAGUAAAAUUACCAUACCAAAUUGGAAGAGUAAAAGGAGAAAAAAGAGGAGGUUUUGAGGACAAAGACGAAAAUGGAGAAGAGGAAAUUGAGGGAGAAGAACCCAUUGGAGUAGCUGAUAAAAUUGAAGACUUGGUGGAAUCAUUUGUCAUUUCUGAAAACACAGGAACAUUGGUGUAUGGUAACGCAGGAAGUGGGAAAACUUUAUAUCUCAAAGAAAUAAGUCACAAGUUGAGCAACCAACAUGGAUAUUUUGUCAAAUACGUCUCUUGCGACACCUUGAUGAAUGAAACUUUCCAAAACUUGUCGAAAAACCACAUGUCCAAAUGGUUCCAGCAAUGUUCAUGGAACCAACCCUCGUUAUUGGUUCUUGAUAACAUUGACAAAAUCCUCAAUGUUGAAAUGGAGAAUAUGGAUGCAUCAAAGUCAAAUCAGAUUACGGAAUAUCUUGUAUCUCAAAUGAGCAAAUUACACCAACAAAAGAACUCCAAUGUUUCUAUCCUCUGUUCGGCUGUGGCCAAGGAAAGUGUAAACAAAUUACUUUUGGGCUCACACUUGAUUGAAAGCUACUUUCAUGUCACAGCUCCUGAUAAGCACAUGCGCUUUGCAAUUUUAGAAAAGCAAUUGGUAGAUCAUUUUCACUGCAAAAUUGAUAUGGACUUGAUGGAUUUAGUGAGCGAAACUGAAGGAUACUUGCCGAAUGAUCUCAAGACUCUUGCCCACCGUGUAUACCACCAAUGCCUAUCUUCUUCAUCGUUAUUAUCAUCAUCGUUAUCUGGACAAGGAAAUGAAGAGGAGUCAAUUAAUGUCAUUAGACUGGAGCACGCUACAAAAGCAUUAAGUGGGUACACUCCUUCGGGCUUGCGUGGAGUUAAAUUACAAACAUCGGAAACCACAUGGUCUGAUAUUGGUGGUCUAUCUGAAGCUAAAAAAGUUCUUUUGGAAACUUUGGAAUGGCCUACUAAGUAUGCGCCAAUCUUUGCAAACUGUCCCUUGCGUUUGAGGUCAGGUAUAUUGUUGUAUGGCUAUCCUGGAUGUGGAAAAACUUUAUUGGCCAGUGCCAUUGCUGGUCAAUGUGGUUUGAAUUUUAUUUCAAUCAAAGGACCGGAGAUCUUGAACAAGUACAUUGGUGCAUCGGAGCAAAGUGUUCGGGAGUUGUUCGAAAGAGCUCAAGCGGCGAAACCAUGUAUAUUGUUUUUUGAUGAGUUUGAUUCUAUCGCACCAAAGAGGGGCCACGAUUCGACGGGUGUAACUGAUCGUGUAGUGAAUCAAAUGUUAACCCAAAUGGAUGGUGCCGAGGGCCUUGAUGGUGUCUAUGUUUUAGCUGCUACAUCGAGGCCAGACUUGAUCGAUAGUGCCUUGCUUCGUCCAGGAAGAUUGGAUAAAUGUGUCUUGUGCGAUAUGCCAGAUUAUGAAGAUCGAUUAGAUAUCUUGAGGACAAUCACAGCAAAAAUGGACCUUGAAGAAGAUGUAAACUUGGAAGAGAUUGCUAAAAAGACUGCUGGUUUCAGUGGUGCUGAUAUGCAAGGAUUAGGAUAUAAUGCUUAUUUGAAAGCCGUGCAUGUGCGGUUAGAAGCAUUAGAGAGGGAGGAAAAUAAGAGCCAAGAAGAAGGUUCAAAUGAUGAUGAUUCCAGUAUUGAGUUUUUUAAAGUUGGAAGUGAAAAGAGUGAUUCCAAUGGCCACAGCAAUACCAAAAACAAGAUGAAAUCUGGUGAGAGAUUGAAGAUUUUGCAUCAAAUUGAACAGUUUAUGACAAAUGAGAAACAAGAGGGUAAGGCCAGUGGGAAUUCAACAAUGAUGAAAAAGAAGAAAGCGGACCAACCAAAGGUGAUGAUCACGCAUCGAAACUUUGCCGAGUCCUUAGAGGAGACAAAGCCUUCGAUUUCGCAAUCUGAAAAGACGAAAUUGACCCGAAUUUAUUCGCAAUUCGUGGAUGGACGAGAUGGAAAGAUGCCCGAUGGAGCACCAAGCAAUGAAAUAGGAGGAAGAACAACGUUGAUGUAA